AUGAGGUACCAGCAGAACCUUCCUCUGGUCCUGAACCGCUUCACCUGCUGCAUCCGACCCAAAGAGAAGGUCGGCAUCGUGGGACGCACCGGCUCAGGGAAGUCGUCAGUAGGUGUGUUGCUGCUGCGUCUGGUGGAGCGAUGCGGAGGCUCCGUUCUCAUCGACGGCGUCGACAUCAGCGACGUCGGAUUGGCCGACCUGCGCAGCAAGCUGUCAAUCAUCCCUCAAGACCCGGUGCUGUUCGUGUCCCAGCUGCCCCUGAAGUUGGAGUCAGAGGUCGUAGAGAACGGUGAGAACUUCUCAGUAGGAGAGAGACAGCUGCUGUGUGUCGCCAGAGCGCUGCUGAGACGCUGCAAGGUGCUGAUCCUGGACGAGGCCACGGCUUCCAUGGACGCGGAGACGGACGCUCUGAUCCAGGAGACGAUCCGCAGCUCGUUCCAGGACUGCACCACGCUGACCAUCGCUCACCGGCUGCACACGCUGCUCGCAUCGGACCGCAUCAUGGUGCUUAACCAGGGCCAGGUGGUGGAGUUCGACACACCUUCCCGGCUGCUGGCCAAUGAGAACUCACGGCUGCGCUCCAUGAUGGUUGCCGCGGGGAACAAGAUCUCAGUCCGAGGAUGA